CGCCUCUGCGCAGAGGAUGGCUGAGCACCGGAGUGCGGCGCUCCCUCCCUCACUGCGCAGACUGAGGCGCGUCAAGAGAGGUCUGAGGACGGCACGCAGGAUCUUCUCUCAGCUGAAGAGUUGUGAGGGGAGGAGGAAAACAAAAAUGCGCAGCCCUGAAUUGACGCAGUUGAGCCCCGCGGCGAUGGAUUGACGGGCUAUGAGCCAUGCGCGGGCACGCCGGGAUUCGAACCUUCAACUGGGAAAAGCGGGUUGUUCUGAUCUGAGGCGAAAUGCAUCUGUUUCGGAGUCACUAUUACCAAGUGUUCCCCAACCGCUUCAGAGUGGAGACACCGACGAUACGGGGCAUCAGCUGGACUCCACUGCCAGAGGCCUUGGAUUCAAAGGACACAAUGAAGCAGUUUCUUUCAGAUCGAGUCGUGAAGGCAGCCAGAUCGGUGUACAGCGUGAUGAAUGAGAAGAAUCCAGGCCUGAUCCGUGACAGGAAGCAUCACCUGAAAACACACAGACAAUGUUGCUCUGGAAAGGAGCUUGUUGACUGGCUUAUGAAGCAGAAUGAAUGCCUCCAAUCAAGAAGUCAGGCAGUUGGAAUGUGGCAGGUCCUGGUGGAUGAAGGGAUACUUGUUCAUGUGAAACACGAGUUGAACUUUCAGGACAAAGAGGCCCAGUUCUACCGCUUCCAGGACUCAGAUUUUGGCCUGAGCCACAUUCCAAAUGAGAAGGAAUCUGAGGAAGAGCUACAGGAGGCAUUGGCUCUGCUGUCUCAGCUGGGACCAGACGCUCUGCUCACCAUGAUUCUGCGCAAAACUCCCAGUCAAAGAACUCCAGAGGACAUCGAGGUCAUUUAUGAGGAGCUGCUUCAUGUCAAGGCUGCUGCUCAUCUCUCCACCUCAGUGCGGAAGGAGCUGGCUGCAGUCUUGGUCUUUGAGUCCCAUGCUAAGGCCGGAACAGUGUUGUUCAGUCAGGGAGACAAGGGCACCUCCUGGUACAUCAUUUGGAAAGGCUCUGUAAAUGUGAUCACACAUGGGAAGGGCAUUGUUACUACUCUCCAUGAAGGCGAGGACUUUGGGCAGCUGGCUUUGCUAAACGACGCACCUCGUGCUGCCACCAUCAUCUUAAGGGAGGACAACUGCCAUUUCCUCCGCGUUGACAAACAGGACUUUAUCCGCAUCCUCAAGGAUGUGGAGGCCAACACGGUGCGGCUGGAGGAGCAUGGGAAGACGGUGCUGGUGCUGGAACAAAGCACACAGUCAGCAAGGCAAGGAAGUGCUGGAACCAACAGCAAGUACACAGUCAUGUCAGGAACACCUGAGAAAAUCUUGGAACACCUCCUGGAAACAAUCAAACUGGACUCCAAUGGAUAUGACCCUAUAGAUCCCUGUGUUAUCGACUUUCUCCUUACACAUAAAGUCUUCAUGCCCACCAGCCAGCUGUGUCCUGCUCUACAGCACCACUAUCAGGCAGAGCUGUCAGAGGGUUCAGAGCAGGAGAAGGAUGCCUACAUUAUCGACACCAAACAAAAGGUGGUGAAGCUCAUCAGCCACUGGGUGGCAGUGUACGGCUUUCUGCUGAAAGAGGACCCUGUUGCUAUGGACUUUUUGGAGGCGAUGAAGAAAGAAGUGGCAGCUGACUCCCGUCUGUCCGGCAUGCUGAAAGAACAGUACAGGGAAAGAAGACGAACAAAAGUUUUAGAGAAUGGACACCAUUCACUCAGCAGGAACCAACACUUUGACUGGUUUUCAAACUGUGAUGAGGCACUGGGGAGGAUACAGCCAAUCAAAGCGAAGGAUAAAAUUUUGUAUGAGAUCUACAGACCGGACCAUAAAGCUCUGACUCUGAUGCUCCCAGUGGACUCUCCAGUACAGGAUGUCUUGUCAGGAGUAGUGGAACCUGGAGGAGGCCAUGUACUUGUCAAAAUGAACUCUACAGGAGAUAGAGCAGAGCUGAAGCUGGAGGCGUCUGCAGUCUACACCGCCCUUGGUCUCAAUGAGAGACUGUUCAUCUGCACAAGCAGUGAAGUGGAACAUCUGAGGCCCCUGAAAGAGCAGCAGGGCCCAGAACAAGGGACAACUGACAUCCUUGAGCAAAUAGGCUCAAAAGACAUGGCGGCUGAACUCACCAACUUUGACUGGGAGCUGUUCACGGCAGUGCAUGAGGUGGAGCUUGUGUACUACAUAUUUGGCCGUAAUAAGUUCCCGGGCGCCAUCACAGCUAACCUGGAGCGGUUUGUGCGCCACUUCAACAAGCUGCAGUACUGGGUGGUGACGGAGCUGUGCCUCUGUGAAGACCUGAUGAAGCGAGCUCUGCUGCUGAAGAAGUUCAUCAAGAUCGCUUCAGUAUUAAAGGAGCAGAAGAAUUUAAAUUCCUUUUUCGCUGUGAUGUUUGGUUUGAGCAACAGUGCCGUGCAGAGGCUUUAUAAAACCUGGGAGAGAAUACCAAGUAAAAUUAAAAGAAUAUACUGCACCUAUGAGAGGCUGAUGGAUCCAUCCCGCAACCACAGAGCCUACAGACUGGCUGUUGCUAAACUCAACCCUCCUUACAUCCCGUUCAUGCCUCUGCUGCUGAAAGAUAUGACGUUCAUCCACGAGGGAAACCCAAGCUACGUAGACAAGUUGGUCAACUUUGAGAAGAUGCGAAUGCUUGCAAAGACAGUCAACAUUGUCCGAGGAUGCAGAAGUCAACCUUAUGUGCCUUCAUCUCCUCAGAGGGGCCUGGCCGACCGGAUGUUCCUGGAAGGGCCUGCCACUCGAUUAUCAACAUACUCAGACCACAGCCUUCCCCAGCGGAGUCCCACCAACAUCCGGCUUUACAUUCAAAACCUAAAAGUCAUUGACAACCAGCGGCAGCUAACGCAGCGAUCGAGAGCCCUUGAAUGCUAGGACAUCAAACCUGGAAAACUAUAACAAAACACUGGACUUUAGAGACAGAAAAUGGAAUGCAGCUGACUGAACAAAACCUUCACACGAUCCUGGAUGACACUGGCCUCUGGAGUGUGGAGUGUGUGGAAAGCUUCCUGAAGCUCAACGGGAAUGAAAACGUGCAGGGAGGAUAGUAAUGACGACAGUGCAGAAGCAGAGGAUCAUGGGAUGCUAGUUAUAAUACUUGUACAAAUCCCUGCCAGAGUCGAUCAGCUCUAGUUUUUGUGUACCAGCCUUGUCACUAUAUAUAUAUACAAUAUAUAUAUAUAUAUAUAUAUAUAUAUAU